AUGAGUCUAACUGUGUUAGCCAAGGAGCCAUAUUAUCCAAUGACCAAGGACCGAAUCAGCCGCCUUUACAAGCAGAUGUCACCGGAGUGUCAGACCCCCCUCGGUACAGUCACGGAGUGUCAGACCCCCCUCGGUACUGUCAUCGGAGUGUCAGACCCCCCUCGAUACAGUCAUCGGAGUUUCAGACCCCCCUCGAUACUGUCACCAGAGUGUCAGACCCCCCUCGUUACUGUCACCGGAGUGUCAGACCCCCCUCAGUGCAGUCACCGGAGUGUCAGACCCCCCUCGGUGCAGUCACCGGAGUGUCAGACCGCCCUCGGUGCAGUCACCGGAGUGUCAGACCCCCCUCGGUACAGUCACCGGAGUGUCAGACCCCACUCGAUACUGUCAUCGGAGUGUCAGUCACCCCUCGAUACAGUCAUCGGAGUUUCAGACCCCUCUCGGUACAGUCACCGGAGUGUCAGACCCCCCUCGGUACAGUCACCGGAGUGUCAGACCACCCUCGGUACAGUCACCAGAGUGUCAGACCCACCUCGGCAUAGUCGCCAGAGUGUCAGACCCCCCUCGAUACUGUCACCGGAGUGUCAGACCCUUCUCGGCACAGUCACCGGAGUGUCUUUCCUCCCUCGGUACAAUCACCGGAGUGUCAGUCCUCCCUCGGUACAGUCACCGGAGUGUCAGUCCUCCCUCGGCACAGUCACCGGAGUGUCAGACUGCCCUCGGUGCAGUCACCAGAGUGUCAGACGCCCCUCGGUACAGUCACCAGAGUGUCAGACCCCCCUCGGUACAGUCACCGGAGUGUCAGACCCCACCUGGGUACAGUCACCGGAGUGUCAGACCCCACUCGAUACUGUCAUCGGAGUGUCAGACCCCCCUCGAUACAGUCAUCGGAGUUUCAGACCCCCCCCCCGAUACUGUCACCAGAGUGUCAGACACCCUCGUUACUGUCACCGGAGUGUCAGGCACCCCUCGUUACUGUCACCGGAGUGUCAGACCGCCCUCGGUGCAGUCACCGGAGUGUCAGACCCCCCUCGGUACAGUCACGGAGUGUCAGACCCCCCUCAGUACAGUCACCGGAGUGUCAGACCCCCUCUCGGUACAGUCAUCGGAGUUUCAGACCCCCCUCGAUACUCUCACCAGAGUGUCAGACCCCCCUGGUUACUGUCACCGGAGUGUCAGACCGCCCUCGGUGCAGUCACCGGAGUGUCAGAACCCCCUCGGUACAGUCACCGGAGUGUCAGACCCCCCUCGGUACAGUCACCAGAGUGUCAGACCACCCGCGGCACAGUCACCGGCGUGUCAGACCCACCUCGGCAUAGUCGCCGGAGUGUCAGACCCCCCGAGUGUCAGACCUCUCUCGAUACAGUCACCGGAGUGUUAGACCGCCCUCGGUGCAGACACCGGAGUGUCAGACCACCCUCGGUACAGUCACCGGAGUGUCAGACCGCCCUCGGUGCAGUCACCGGAGUGUCAGACCCCCCUCGAUACUGUCACCAGAGUGUCAGACCCCCCUCGUUACUGUCACCAGAGUGUCAGACCCCCCUCGUUACUGUCACCGGAGUGUCAGACCCCACUCGAUACUGUCAUCGGAGUGUCAGUCACCCCUCGAUACAGUCAUCGGAGUUUCAGACCCCUCUCGGUACAGUCACCGGAGUGUCAGACCGCCCUCGGUGCAGUCACCAGAGUGUCAGACCCCCCUCGUUACUGUCACCAGAGUGUCAGACCCCCCUCGUUACUGUCACCAGAGUGUCAGACCCCCCUUGGCGCAGUCACCGGAGUGUCAGACCGCCCUCGGCGCAGUCACCGGAGUGUCAGACCCCCUUCGGUGCAGUCACCGGAGUGUCAGACCCCCCUCGGUACAGUCACCGGAGUGUCAGACCCCCCUCGGUACAGUCACCGGAGUGUCAGACCCCCCUCGGUACUGUCAUCGGAGUGUCAGACACCCCUCGAUACAGUCAUCGGAGUUUCAGACCCCCCUCGAUACAGUCACCGGAGUGUCAGAACCCCCUCGGUACAGUCAUCGGAGUGUCAGACACCCCUCGAUACAGUCAUCGGAGUUUCAGACCCCCCUCGAUACUGUCACGAGAGUGUCAGACCCCCCUCGUUACUGUCACCAGAGUGUCAGACCCCGCUCGGCGCAGUCACCGGAGUGUCAGACCGCCCUCGGCGCAGUCACCGGAGUGUCAGACCCCCCUCGGUACAGUCACCGGAGUGUCAGACGCCCCUCGGUACAGUCACUGGAGUGUCAGACGCCCCUCGGUACAGUCACCGGAGUGUCAGACCCCACUCGAUACUGUCACCGGAGUGUCAGACCCCCCGCGGCACAGUCACCGGCGUGUCAGACCCACCUCGGCAUAG